UCGGUUUUUUUUUUAUAUGUCAUUCAGAGCAGCAAUUGUUAAAAAUAUUAUUCAAUCCAUAGUUUUGAAAAUGUAGAGCCAAAAUUUCUAAUUUUCCUUUAAAGGUUAUGUUUCAAAAACAAAACAACAAUGGGCGGUGGCGUGCGGCAUUCUGAAGUUUUCAGACGACGACGGUCAUAGUUUUCGAAACCCUGCCUACCUACAUACAACAAACGGGACUUGUGUGUUGACUUCGAGCAGUGGAUGCUCGCGAGAUUUGCUCUUUAAAUUUGUUGGAGUUUUGUGCUGAAGAUCACAUUUUGGAAUUAAAUAUGAGUUCGAAAAGAUGUUCGCGUUGUGAAAAAACUGUUUAUCCUCUUGAGGAACUGAAAUGUUUAGACAAGCUAUGGCAUAAACAAUGUUUCAAAUGCCAAGAAUGUGGUAUGACAUUAAACAUGAAAACAUACAAAGGAUAUAACAAACAGCCAUAUUGCAAUGCUCAUUGUCCACAAGCCAAACAUACAGCUGUUGCAGACACUCCUGAAAUUAGAAGGCUUGCAGAAAAUACUAAACUACAGAGUAAUGUAAAAUAUCAUGAAGAUUUUGAAAAAGCAAAAGGAAAAUUUACACAAGUUGCUGAUGAUCCUGAAACUCUUCGAAUUCGCAAUACCUCAAAAAUUAUAAGUAAUGUCUCUUACCAUGGUGAACUUGAACGAAAGAAGCAAAUGGAGCAAAAGCGUCAUCUGGUACUUGAUAAGAAUGGAGUGGCUGUACCAGUUAAUGGUGGUGGUGAAAUUAGUAGGAGUCCAGAAUUGAAUGAAUAUAUUCCGCCACAGCCGGCAUCCCAGCCUUUACCUCCUCACUCCCCACCUGGUCGGAUUGCUGAUUAUGUUCCACAAACUGCCCCAGAACAUAAAGAUUCGCCAUAUUCUGCCAAACUUACUUCUACUGUCAUCUAUACCUCUCAGGAAGGUCCAGUUCAACAACCAUCUCGUAAAAUUGGUUCAAUCGCAGAUUAUGAUCCUUUGAAUGAAAAUUAUGGUUCUUUGGCAACAGGUUAUCGAACUGGAAUGCCACCACCACAACAAGAUGUUUCAAAUAUGUACAGAGCCCAAGAGCCAGUUCCUAGUGUUCCAAAAGCUACUGGACACACUUUCAAAGCCAUGUAUGAUUACGUUGCACAGGAUUCUGAUGAAGUAAGCUUUUUGGAUGGAGACUUGAUUAUUAAUUGCAAUCCUAUCGACGACGGUUGGAUGACAGGGACAGUGCAGAGAACCGGACAAACUGGAAUGUUGCCUGCCAAUUAUGUUGAGAGAGUAAAUUGAUAACUUGUGUUGUGCUUUAUGUGUUAUUUGAAUGAUUUGUGACAAGUUUUAAAACAAAUACUUAGAAAAAGAAAGAAAAAAAAUUGGCUCAUACGUGCUCAAUGAUGGAGGAAAAACUAUGCUGACUUUUGAAAUUUAUCUCAAUUUGUUUGUUUUUUUACUUGUAGAUCUAUGAAAAAGAAACAUUAAAAAAAGAUAUAUAACAGUCAAAGUAGACUAAACUCCCAGAAUCUCAAGACUUUGUACUAAUCUAUAUAUUGUAAUGUAUAAUGCCAAUUGAUAGUAACUAAUUUUUCAGUUUUCCAUUCCUCAAAAUGGUGCAUGGGAACUUCUUAAUGCAAUAACAGUUAUACAUAUAGAAUGAUUGCAUAAGUAUGUAAAAUCCACUAAGGUGCUCAUGUACUGAAAUUAACUUAAAAUUCUGCACUUUAUAAUUAAGUUUGCUAAAUAUAAUUUUUUCCAGUUGUGUGCUUUUGAAAAAUCUUGUGAAUGAAGUGAUAGGUUUGUGUACUAUUUGUCUUGCUUUGCAUUUCGAGUUAUACUUAAACAUAACUGUUUUCCAGCAGUCAUGAACUUGCCUUUGUGUUUUUUAUGUACUGGGGUUACUAUUUUCUAUUUUACUUAUGUUUUUCUUACUUUUUCAGAUGAGUUUAUUGAGCCAAAAUGAUACAUUCUGAGCUUUUUUUUUAAAAUAAAAACGUUUGUAAAGAUAAGCAAUUUUUAGGGAGCCAUAUUUGUAAUGGUUUCAGAACUGCCAAUGUUUGUUUGUUUAAGGCAGGAAGAAAUUUGAUUCCUUUUUAUAUAUGUGUAUAAAUAUAUAUAAAUAUCUUUAUAUAGUUGUUAUAACAAAUUCUUUUGUAAGUAAUGCUUUAAUUGAUGUUGGUGUGAUUUUACAAUGAAACGAGAGACUUGUCUUUGCUGACAGUUCUGCACCAAUCAGAUUUUAUUUUUUUCCUCUGUAUUGUUUUUGUCUGUAAUUACUUAUGCUUUGUGUUUUUCGUAAAAUACAAUCUUUGUUACUUUUUAUGAAUUGCUUUAAGCAUUUAUUGCUUUAUUUUAAUGUCUGUUUGUUUAAUGUGUUAUGUAGUACAAUCUCUUCCUGUACUUCAGGCUGUCAAAAACCCUUCAAAUAAAAUGCUUCCUCAAUCA